CUCCUCUUUCGACCCCCACGGCACACCCUCUUCGAUAAAGCUCCUAGCCGAACGCUCCGCCCCCUCUCAGCUGCCGGACGCUCGAUCUCCUCUGCCUCCCGAUCUACCUCCCUCACAACCUGAUGCUUCUCACGCCACACCCUCUUCUAUUGUUUGUUGGACUUUUGGUGCUUUGAAGAUGGCAAUUGCUGGCGGCAUCACACCUCGUUCAGGUCCACUUUUGUUCAAGCCUUCCACUGUGUCAAUUCCAAUUUACCAGCUGUGGAAUACCAAUUCAUUUAACAUUGGACAAACUAUGAUAAAAUCAGUUUUGGGUUCUAAGCUCAUAUGUGCAUCAUUAAGAAGUAAUGACCAUCCUAGAUUAUCUUAUGGAGGUGAUUUUGACAAUGAACCAUUUUGGAAGACUAUGGUGAAGGAUAUUGCAUGGAGUUUGAAAUCUGUAGCAGUAUUCUUAGCUGAACAGCCUAGUCAGAUAAAGUACAUAGAGUGGCCAACAUUUCAAAGCACGUUGAGGACAGCUAUGCUUACCCUUGUUCUUGUGGCUGUGCUCAUUGUUGCUCUAUCAUCUGUUGACUCGUGUCUCUCUUAUAUUUUGGCCUUGCUGCUCAGAAGAGCUUCCUAGUUACAGAACUUUCCUAUGCCAUCGACAUCAGAGACUUGGUAACGAUGAUGCAGGUUCUAGUCGUAGCGUGAAACAAGCAAAAAGUGAUGCUCAAAUCUUAAAGAGGUCAAAUGGUGAAGUUUCUGUGGCAACUGAUCCUGUUCAGUACUUAGUGAUUAGUUCUUCUGCCAUUACAUUUUUGGAUACUAUUGAGUUACUUGUUGAAUUAAUAUACUUCAAUGAUCGUGCAAUGCAUAGUUAUAACGACCGGACUGAUCUAGCAAUCAAA